UUUUUUUUACAGCAAAUACUAAUCAGCUGUUUGAGAUCCUGUCAAUAGAGGGAAAAACUAAAAAAAAUGAGGAAUAAAUUUAUGUGUGUCAUUAAUUAUUGAUAUUGAGGUGCAAAUUAUGUCUCAAGUGUGUCGAAUUCUCAGGGUCAUUGGAUAUCUCAAGCAAACGGAACGACAUUAUGCAGCUCACAGAGUACAAAAUUAUUACAAAACUCUGGGGAUCAAGGCUAAUGCCUCGAAGGAGGAUAUUAGGGCAGCUUUUUUAACUCUGUCUAAACAAGUGCAUCCCGACGCAGGCAACAACACUGGUCACGCGGAAUUCGUUAGAAUCACAGAAGCUUACAAUGUCCUUAGCAAAGAGCAUACGAGACGGGAAUACGAUGCAACAUUGAAAUACGCUAGAAAUCCUAUUCAUUAUUCGCCUUACCAUCCAUUUGACCGAACAAUUUACCGCAAUCACACGUCUCAUUUUGAGGCAUGGCGAGACAUCAGGGGACGAACGAGAGAGAACUGGCGAGAUGAUGGAGAUCCCUUUCAGGAUGGCUUGAGAACAGUUGAACCUAAAGGACCAUCGAAAGCCAUGAUCGUCAUGAUAUGCCUCCUAACAAGUGCGAUAGGAUUCAGUCUUCAGAUUCUGGCUGUCGUUAAAUCUCCAACUUUCAACAGAGCCAAAAUGCUGGAAAAAUCCAAGGAGUACAGUGCGCAGCUCGAGGAAAUUCGUAUUAAUCAAAAUCACCAUAAAUCUCUAUCAGAUAGUAUCGAUGCCUUUCGAAAACGCGUCAAUAUCCCAGAGGAAUGACUGCGAAAUUGCUUGACGCAAGACUCCACGUGAGAGGACAACAGAGAUAGUGAAUUAUUUUUGUGAAAUUACAUCUAGUCGAAAUAUUUCAAUUAAUUUAUUUUCUUAUUAAAACAAACGUCAAUGAUAGACGUAGAGUUACAAAUGCUAAUUACGAAUGAAGGUACGUUAAACUUUUUGGAAGACUAAAGAGUGUUAUAAUUUAGGGGUAAAACGAAUCAUAUAUAUCACAUCUGCGUAAUUCUAAAGAUAAAUAAGAGAAAAUGAAGUCA